AUGCUGCCCCCCGCGCUCCUCGCCGCCUCCAUCCCGCUCCCGACGCCGUCAGUGAACACUGAAACGCUCGCCAAAGACCUGUACGUGGAGAAAUCCUUUCUCACCGAUGCCGAGGCGGCGAGUCUGGCUGCAAAGCUGGCAUCUUUUCCUGAUGAAGCGUGGCUAGCGGGCGAGGCCAUCCGGAUGUUGCCUCACCAUGGCGGCAUGACAGACAGGCUCGCUGAGCGGGUUCAAGCGGUGAGGUACGUCCCGGGCUAUCCGGGCUUUGACCUGCACACCGACUCGACGGACACGACCGCUGUCCUCUACCUCAACGAUAUACCUCCUCGCUUCGGCGGCGAGCUGGAGUUCCCACUUGUCAACGUGAGUGUUACACCGACGGCGGGUAAGCUCGCCUUCUGGGCUUCCGAUCGCAGCACUGAGCAUCACCUCCGCGCAGAACUGCACCGCGUGCGACCGAUGACUAGUGGUUCUCCUUACCGCUAUACGAUCUCCUUCCUCAUGAACAUCACCACUCGCAGCGGUGCUUCUCAUGCGGCACCAGAGGCACCCACGCCACGGAAUCAAGUCCAGCACGCGGUCAGCCGCAGGCUACUGAUGGCCGACGGCGGCGAGGGGGCUGAGCACGCGCACGGUCCCGCCCACACGCACGCCCUGGGUUGCAAUUUCACCCCGGAUCCCGCCGAUCCCACCAAGCACACGCACGCCUUGGGUUGCAAUUUCACCCCGGAUCCCUUCGAUCCCGCCAAGCACACGCACGCCCUGGGUUGCAAUUUCACCCCGGAUCCCGCCGAUCCCGCCAAGCACACGCACGCCCUGGGUUGCAAUUUCAUCCCGGAACACACGCACACGCACACGCACACCCUGGGUUGCAAUUUCAUCCCGUGUUGCAGCGAGACCGCGGCGCACACGCACGCCCGCACCAUCAUUGGUAACUCCGACACGCACCACCAUCUCCUCUUUGCCAGCCAUGCCGCCCCGGCCUGCAAUACCGCCUGCUGA